AACAGUUUCAUUUCAAAUUUAUUGAAUUCAAUAUGGUCAUCUCAAGAGGAUUACAAAUUUUAGUAGUAGCUUUGGCUAUUAGCUGCACUUUGGCAACACCCAUAAAGAGGUCGAAAGCUAAAUCGGCAAGACAAAUUGAAUUUACCACGCCAUCAUCGCCAGUGGAGCAAAAGACCGGUUAUCCAGAAGCUGGUUUCCGCCCAAAGAUACCAUUCGAAUUGCCCAAUGAAAAACCUGUGCCUGUCACUGAAUCAGUUGAAAUCAUAACUACCACUCCAGCUGAAUCGACUUUAGAGGAUUUCGAUGAAAUUGUACCCACAACUGUUAAACCCGAUGUUGUCGAUCAUACGCCAGCAGAUACAUAUGGUGCUCCCUUGCCCACAACAGACGAUGCUGUAGAAGUUGAAGCUGAAGUAGUACCCGCACCAGCUGAGGACUUUCAACCCCCUAGCGAAGAACCCAGCAAGGAUUUCUCUUCCGCUUUUGAUGUUAUUGAUAAUAAUACUGGUGAUGUUAUUGCUGAUCUUCCUACCCUUGAGCAAACCUCAGAAGCGCAAGAUUUAGAAGAUAUCGAUCAGCAAUUACCUGCUAAUACCUAUGGCGUUCCUGAAGUGGAAUUAAAUGAACCAAAGACUGAUGUUGAAACCGUAGAACAAGAAAGUGAAAUGGAACAAAACAAUGUAGCUGAAACUGUAGAUGACGAGCAACAACAAGUAGAGGAAGUCGAUAUUGAAGCCAUAGAAGAAGAAGGAUCGGCCGAAAGUGAACUUGCCCCAGCAUCUGAGUUGGACAUUCAUGAACCUGCCGAUACUUAUGGCGCUCCUAGAACAGAGCUUGACGAAGAGAAUGAAAUCGAAUCCGAAUUGGCUGAAGUUGAACAACAACUCGAAAUUCUUAGUCGUCUCACCCGCUCGAAAACCGGACGCUUGGUAAUUUUACCCAUUGAAAAUAAUUUAUAUUUAGGCCGUUUAGUGUCCAAUCAACCAAAACGUGCCCAGCGUAAAAAUGGCCGUUUGUUAAAGUUGUAGGUUAAUAUUGUUGAUUUUUUAUACUUAUUUUGUUGUUGUUGAAACCGAAAUAAAAUCUUAUUAUUUCUAAAACGAA